GGCAGCCCAGUCGGGGUCCUUUACGGCCAUCAGCGAGGAAACAUUGCGAUAAGUAAAGAACUACAACUCUAAGAAGGUCAGGAUGGUCCAGAAAAUACUCAGUAAAGUCGUCGGUGCCAAGUACAUUUCUAUUUUAAGGACGUGGGUGCCAAAUAUGGUUGCCUGGGGAACAGUCGGUGGAGUGGCGCUUGUUCACUUCACAGAUUGGCGAGUGAUUCUGGACUAUGUGCCAUACAUCAAAGGGAAGUUCAACGACGAUGAGUAAAGUCCUGCACAACUACAUUGACCAGAGCUUGGGAAUGGGGCACAUGGGUGGAUUGCUUACACGCUGCCGCGAGCUUAAGUAGGAUGCCCUGGCUCGACAAUCAGUCACUGAGGGCCUGUUAGGAGUUUGGACAACAAGAUGCACUGUGUAUAAAAAUGCUGUUUUUAAUCCAGUAUUAUUUAAUGUGAAUAAAUUUGUAAUUUGCAACGAUGUGUCCGGUUAUUCUGCAAAAUGUCAAAUAUGAAAAUGCUUUGUUUGGAUUGCUUGGUGAGAGGGUUUUUAAAAGAAAUCUAUUUUGUGGAUAUGCACUAAUUCUCUGUUGCAUGUGGCAAAUAAAAGCGUGGAUUUGUCCACCUGAUAUUUA